AUGUAUUUCCGUUGGGCUCUGCUGGCUGCGCUCCCUUCUCUUGCAGCCUCGUCGCCCACUCCCCGCCAACGCGAACGACGCCAGACCAGCACAAACUCGUCGUCGGACCUUCUUACUGACAUUUCCAUCGUCCAGCAAUACUGGGGCCAGAUCACUCCAUACGCGGACAAUGCUGAGGACUACUUUGGCGUGAGCGAUGUUGGCUUGCCAGAUGGAUGUCAAGUCGAGCAAGCUCAUCUCCUGCAACGCCACGGUGCUCGCUUCCCCGGCGGUACCUUUGACGACGGGCCAAACGAUGCGAACUUUGCCGCCAAGGUCAUGAACUGGACUCAAACCAAGUCUUCCUCCCAGUUUACUGGCCCGCUCGGCUUUUUGAAUUCAUACCGCUAUGAGCUUGCGCGAGACUAUCUCACUGGAAUUGGUGCUUCCCAGUCUUUCAUGGCCGGUGUCACUUUCUGGAACCGGUAUGGGCGCACGCUUUACAAUGCUACCCAGGGACAAGUGGCGUACAACGCGACCUACGGCAAUGGUACCAACCGACCCAAACUGACGCUGAGGACAACGGGACAGUCCCGCAUCGAGAACACCCAGAUCAGUUGGGCACUGGGAUUCUUCGGCCCCAGCUACCAGUUCACUCCGGAUCCGUCCCUGGCCAAUUUCUCCAACCCUUUCAAUGUCGUGAUCGUCCCAGAGGGCGGAACCGAAAACAAUACCCUGGCAUCCUACGACUCGUGCUUCAAUGAUAACAACCCAGUCACCGGGUACUUGGGAGAUCUCGAUUUGUUAAGUUACCUGCCACUCUACCUGUCUAGCGCCCAAAGCCGGCUUUCUCAAUACGUUCCAAGUGGGUUUAAUCUUACUAUAAACGACACAUAUGCCAUGCAGAGCAUCUGUGCGUACGAGUCCAACUAUCUGGGCCGGUCCGACUUCUGCACCUUGUUCACGGAGGACGAAUGGUCCGGGUUCGAGAGCACCCUGGACAUCGAGUACUUCUACGAUUACUCAUACGGCAACCCGACGGGACGAGCCCAGGGUAUCGGGUACCUGCAAGAACUCCUAGCGAGGCUGCAGAGCCAGUACAUCACGGUGUCCAACUCGAGCGUCAACAGCAGCUUGACCAACAACUCGCGCUCAUUCCCGCUGGGGCAGAAAUUCUACGCCGACUUCUCGCACGACGACAUCAUCAUCUCAGUGCUCACGGCCGCCUCGCUCGACUACCUCCGCGACCCGCCCUCCCUCACGCAGUACCCGCCAGACCCGAACCGGCACUUCAUCCUGUCGCACCUGACGCCCUUCUCCGCGCGGCUGGUGACAGAAGUGAUUGGGUGCGGCUCGGGCAAACCCGUGCCUAAGAACUCGUCGCAGACGCAGUACUACCCGACGCAGUACGGGUACAGCGCGAGCGACGCGACGCACAAGUUCAUCCGCAUGCGGCUGAACAACGGCAUCCUGCCGCUGUCCACCAUCCGCGGCGGGUAUUGCGGCAACCGCAGCGAUGGCAUGUGUCCGCUGAGCUCGUUUCUGAAGAGCCAGGCCAGCGCGUACGACGCUAGCAACUACGACUACGUCUGCUUCGCCAACUACACCAUCGACUACCCCAACAAUGGGACAGACUACGACGGGACCCUCUUCAGUGGGAAUGCCAGGCAGAGACGGGGAACAUUGAGGCAAUGGUGA